AUGCCUUGGAGUUGCGCCUGUGUGAAUGAGGCUGGGAUGAGCUGUGGCCGGAGUUACUCCAGCUGGACCCUCCUGAUGGUUCUCCCUCUGACCCUACUCCCCCUCUGCUCCCUCCCGGUGUUGGCAGCUCAUCCCGGGGGACAGGGAACCUCCACCCUCGCCUUCGUCUUUGAUGUGACCGGCUCCAUGUACGAUGACCUGCUCCAGGUCAUGGAAGGUGCAGCGAAAAUCCUGGAGAGCACGUUGGACAGAGCCGGUACCCCUGUGAACAACUUCGCUUUGGUGCCCUUCCAUGACCCAGAGAUUGGUCCUGUUACUGUCACCUCCGAUCCGAAGAAAUUCCAGAGAGAGCUCCGGGAUCUGUACGUGCAGGGUGGAGGUGACUGCCCCGAAAUGAGCCUCGGAGCGAUUAAGCUGGCGCUUGAGGUAUCCCAACCCAGUUCUUUUAUCUACGUCUUCACUGAUGCCCGAGCGAAGGACUACCAGCUGACGAAGGAUGUUCUGCAACUCAUCCAGCUGAAGCAGUCCCAGGUUGUGUUUGUGUUGACUGGAGACUGUGGGGACAGAGGCCAUCCUGGAUAUCGGGCUUUUGAGGAAGUGGCUUCAACCAGCUCAGGUCAAAUAUUUCACCUGGACAAGCAGCAGGUCAAUGAGGUGCUGAAAUGGGUUGAAAAAACUAUCCAGGCCUCUAAAGUCCAUCUGCUGUCCACCAAUCACAAGGGCAGGGAGGAGCAUCUCUGGCUGGUGCCCUUUGACCCUAACCUAAAAGAGGUCACCAUUUCCCUCAGUGGUCCCGCACCAGCCAUAGAAAUUCGGGAUCCUUCAGGCCGGUUCAUGUGGAGAGGGUUGGGUUUGAAUGAACUGUUGAAUAUUCCAAAUUCAGCUCGAGUUGUCAAUGUGAAAAAUCCAUGGCCUGGAAUGUGGACAAUCAAGCUCCGCAGCACUGGACGCCACUCUGCACGGAUCACAGGAGUCAGUAGCAUUGAUUUUCAGGCUGGAUUUUCCACAAAACCUACCUCAGACUUCUGGAGAACAAGCGAGCGUCCAAUUCAAGGGAUCCCAACCCAUGUAUUGUUGAACUGCUCAGGCUUGCACCCUCCAGGGCAGCUGGAGCGCUUGGAGCUCCUCAACACCUCAGGGGCGACUCUGAUGAGCCUGCCCGUUAGGCCACAUUCCAGCCACAACACAAACAGCCUGUGGAAAGUUCCGGAAUUCAUGCCGCCCAACGAAAGCUUCUUCCUGAAGGUUACGGGAUACGAUAGGGGAGGUUAUCGUUUUCAGCGCCUGUCCAGCGUCUCCUACACAAACCUGGUCCCUGGGCCUCCAGUGGUGAGUGUGCCCAGUCAGACUCAUGGUUACUACAUGCAGCCCGUGUCGAUUCAGUGUUCUGUGAAGAGUCUGAUUCCGUUCACACUGCGAAUCAUCAGAAAUGGGACCAGAUUUGAGCCAGACCGCCUGUUUCUAGAUGCAGUGAAUACUACAUGGCAAAUCCCGAGUGUCUCUGGGGCCGAUGAAGGAUUCUAUGACUGUGUGGCUAUCAGUAACUCGGGCACAGGCAUAGCUCGAACAUUCUUGGUUGUUACUGAACCACCUCCUAUUGUGGAAACUCCUCAAAACGUCACAGCAUUCCCAGGAGAUCAGGUGGUCCUGACGUGCCGAGUCCUUGGAAGCGUCCGCUAUAACAUUACCUGGAUGCGGGAUGGGACUGAGCUGCAGGUUGACAAUGAGCAUGUCACCCUUUUGAGCAAUUCAUCCCUGGCCUUUUGGAAUGUGCAGUCGGAGAACGCGGGACGCUAUGAAUGUAUGGCAGUCAAUAUGCAGGGUUCAAGCCAAGCCUCGGUGUGGCUGUUUGUACCUGAGGCCCCACAUGUCUCCAUCAGUCCCAGCUCGCAGGACUUUUUGAGAGGGGCGGAGGUCCGAAUCAGCUGCUCUGCCACCGGUUACCCUGAUCCCAGAGUCAUCUGGAUCCACGAGGACACACUUGUGACGAGCAGUGACAGAUUCACCGUCAACGAGUUUGGCACUUUAAUAAUAAAAGACUCUGUCCCAGAGGAUGCUGGGAGUUACACCUGCCUCGCGUCGAACGUGAUUGGAACAGACCGGGAGGAAGCGAAGUUGAAAUAUUCAGAGAUCCCCACCAUCACUGUGCUGAAUCCGGUGGUGCUCGCUGCGCUCAUGGAGAUGGCAUUCCUGGAAUGUCGAACUUCAGGAGUCCCACAGCCUGAGGUCCAAUGGUACAAAGGUGAUCUGGAGCUGACCCUGGCCCCGUUUGCAGAAGUUGACCCAGUUCAUGGUACACUAAUGAUAAGGGAGGUGCAGGAGAUGGAUGCUGGAGAGUAUAGCUGUGUGGCCACCAAUGAGGCUGGCACCACCUCUGCCACAGUCAUGUUAGACGUUGGGUCUGCCCCUCUGUUCUCAGAGACCCCCUCUGAUGUCUCUGUGACGAUCGGUGAUAACGUGACGUUACCUUGCCGUGCAGUUGGAGACCCCGCUCCACAGGUCACCUGGCAACGACUUGACGGACAGCCCCUCUUUGCCAAAGCUGAUUCAAUGAGCUUUGUUAGCCAGCUGGAGACAGGCAGCUUGUUCAUAGAGAGUGUGUGGUUGGAUGAUGAAGCCAGGUAUGUGUGCGAGGCGCAGAACAAGUUUGGAGUGAUCCGUGCAGAAGCAGCACUGACUAUCACCGGUCUUGUUGCCCCUGAAGUGGUAGCUAGUGCCCCAGUUGUCAAUGUGCUGGAGGGUCGGUCUCUGACAUUACCAUGUGUGGUGCUGGCUGCUAACCCCUUUCCUGAACGUUUCUGGUUGAAAGACAACCAGCUGCUAAGUUUGGACAGGCGUCUGUCAAUCCGAAGCGAUGGCAGUUUCCAUAUUGAGAGAGCAGAGCAAGGAGAUGCUGGGAGAUACAUGUGCACCAUCAGAAAUGUAGUGGGAUCUGUUAAUAAGACCAUCACAGUGCACAUACAUGUACUUCCAUCAAUUAAACCUGGACGUACUGUUUACAUCACUGAUGAGGGGGUGGCCGUCACUCUGUUGUGUGAAGCCAACGGUGUUCCUAAACCAACAAUCGUCUGGUCCAAGGGAAGAGAACCCUUGCCUAGACAAGAGCCACAACGUUCCAUUGAUGCAAGCGGGAACCUCAUGAUCCCAUUUCCAUCAUCAGAAGAUUCUGGAGUCUACAUCUGCACCGCGACCAACGUAGUGGGGUUUGCCAGCAGAGAAAUGCAGCUGUUUGUCCACACGAAACCAAAGAUUGGUGGAAUGAGCCCAGGUAAUUUGGACGAGCCAAUCGAAAUCACUGCCACGGCUGGGAUGGAGGUGACACUACCCUGUGAGGUUCAGGGAUCCCCUCCUCCUAUCAUCAGGUGGAAGAAAGACGCCCGCCUGGUGCCAUUCAUGUCAGCCAGGUACACAGUCUUACCAUCAGGAUCACUGACAAUCUUGGAUUUAAGAGCAUCUGACAGUGGCCUCUACAAAUGUUCUGCUAUAAACAGAGCAGGGAACGCCUCGUUGACAUUGCAACUCAUUGUUCAUGUCCCUCCCAAAAUCCAUCUUUCACAUCAUCUCCUGAAGGUGAUUGCGGGUCAGUCCGUUGACCUUCCCUGCCUGGCACAUGGUGACCCGACUCCCAAAAUCAGGUGGUACAAAGGUGAUGAAGCCCUGCUGCAGGGUGCCAGGGACUCCCUGGAUGGUCCUGAUGGUUCAAUCAGCAUCGCAGACGUGGAACUUUCUGAUGCUGGGACGUACCGUUGUGAAGCGACCAAUAGCGCCGGGCAUGAUGUGACUGAAAUGACAUUGGCAGUGUUGGAACCGCCAUUUUUUGACGAAGAUGUUUUCCCGUUCAAUGCCGACCAAGAGCGAUUGGCCAGAGAAAAAAUCAUGCUCCCCUGUCCAGCCAAUGGAACUCCUCCACCAGUUAUACGCUGGCUACAAAAUGGUUUAGACCUUCCAGCAAAUGAACCAGGAAUCUCAAUACUGGAGGAUGGUUCUCUUCUAAUUGAUUCAGCUUCACCCUAUGAUAGUGGAGAUUAUUUGUGUAUUGCAACAAAUGAGGCUGGAUCUUCCAAAAGAAUGUAUCGAUUAAAAGUCCGAGCUCCCCCUGAGAUUCAAGGCAACAACCGAAUACACAACAUCACAGCGUCGGUUAACCAGCCCUUGACGUUGGAGUGUGAUGCCAGCGGCACCCCAACACCAACCCUCAGCUGGUACAAAAAUGAGCAGCAGGUGGCAGAGACCAGUAGAGUCCGAGUCCUGAAUGGCGGCCGUGUUCUGCGAUUUCCAAAAGCCCGCAAAGGAGACUCCGGAGUGUAUUCUUGCAACGCUGUUAAUGUUGCCGGCACAGCCAAAAAACAGUUCAAUCUACUGGUGCAGGUACCUCCUGUGAUCUUUGGAUCUGGAGUCACUCAAGAAGUGGCCGUUUUGGUGAAUUCUGAGCUGGAACUCGAGUGUCGCGCCAGCGGAGUCCCUUUUCCACACAUUAGGUGGAGUAAGGAUGGAGAGCCCCUGUCUCUGGGUACCCAACAUGCGGAGUUUACAGAAGAGGGGCAGACAUUACGGAUUCAGACAGCUGGCCUCAUCGAUCAGGGCCUCUAUCAAUGCAUUGCCCUGAACUCAGCUGGACAGCAGAGCAAACACUUCAAAGUUAAUGUUUACGUUCCUCCCACAAUCCGAGAAGCCAAUGAUACCAAAGAGCUGACUGUCCAGUUGAACAGCCAUGCCAGUCUACAGUGUGAUGUGCAUGGAAUUCCUGUCCCAGGCAUUACAUGGCUGAAGGACGGCCGUCCAAUUGUAUCCAGCUCCAAAAUGAUGUAUGUUGAAAGAGGACAGUUUCUGCAGGUGAACAAGGCACAGGCAUCCGAUGCAGGAUGGUACAUGUGCCGUGCAAGGAACAUCGCAGGGACAAUGGAAAAGUCAUACAAAGUACGGGUUUAUGUUCCACCCAAUAUUGAAGGUAGCUCGGGCCACCCAUUGAAGACAAAGGCAACGGUUGGUCAUUCUUUGACGUUAAGGUGUCCCUCAAGUGGUUACCCUCCUCCUGUCCUCUCUUGGCUCAAAGAUGGUGUCCCAUUGACGAGCAGUGACAGAAUACAGUUCCUGGCUGAAGGAAAGACCCUUAAGAUUGAGAAUGUUGGAGAGAGUGAUGCUGGCACCUAUAUAUGUGUGGCUACCAAUGCUGCUGGAGAACAGCACCUUCAAUACACUGUCGACAUCUUAGUGCCUCCACAGCUGCUGACUGGAGAAUCUUCUCAUGUGACUGUGACUGUUGAUAAUCCCCUGGAACUGACGUGUCAAGUAACCGGUCACCCGCCACCAAAAAUAACAUGGCUGAGGAACAACGUUCCACUCACUGAGCUCGACGGUGCCCGGGUGUCAGCUGACCAGAACAAACUUUUUAUUCCCCGUUUGAAGUUGGUGGAUGUCGGUCGUUAUGUCUGCGUGGCCAGAAAUGAAGCAGGGGAAAGGAGAGGAGAAUUUGAUGUCACAGUUCAUGGAUACAUAAAACUGAAAGUUGUAAAGAGGGCCCACUCGGUGCACCCGCCCGACAACCCGAAAACCCUGCCCCAAGAAAUAAUUGAGCAAAGAGAGGUGGAAGUUGAGGGAGUGACUCUAGAAGAUGGGGGUAUCUACUCUUGCGUAGCUACCAAUACAGCAGGUGAAUCCCAGCAAGAUGUCAAAUUGACUGUGUAUGAGCCUCCUGUUGUAGAUAAGUCAGUAGCUACAAACAAAACUGCAACUGUGAAUUUCCCAGCAUCCUUUGAGUGCCUUGCCUCUGGAACUCCGCCCCCUGAGUUGACUUGGUUCAAGGGAAACCAGCUGAUCACGCAUAUGGCGGGUAGCAGUGUGUUGGAGAGUGGAAGGACUUUAAGGAUAGAGAAUGCCCAGCUGUCUGAUGGAGGGCAGUAUCGCUGCGUGGCAACCAAUGUAGCUGGCAGCACAGAAGUGCAAUAUACCUUACAAGUUCAUGCCCCGCCAGUGAUCUCGACUGCUCUGGACCUGGUUACUGUCCUUGUAAACCAGCCUAUAGAACUUCAUUGUGAGGCUACGGGAAUCCCUGCCCCCAAAAUAACAUGGCUGAAAGACAAAAUCCCUGUCUCCAAGAUGACUGAAGGGUUGGAGUACCUGUUGGAGGGUCAGAUUCUGUCCUUAGCCAGCACUCACUUCUCUGAUUCAGGAACAUACUCCUGUGUAGCUGAGAAUCCUGCUGGAGAGACCCAGAAAGAAAUUCAUCUGCAAGUUUAUCUUCCACCAAGUAUUCUGGGAGAUGAGCAGAAUGUCUCCGUCACUUUGAAUGACGCGGUGUCCUUGGAAUGUCAGAGCCGGGCAUUUCCACCACCCACUCUUCGUUGGACAAAGGAUGGUCGACCUCUAUCAGUGCGUGCAGAUCACAGACUCUCUGAAAAUGCCAGUCUCUUCGAGAUUAAGAGUGCCCAGGUUCAAGAUGCCGGCCGCUAUACCUGUGAGGCCUCAAACGAUGCUGGAAAGACAGAGAAGAACUACAACUUAAAUGUGUGGGUGCCCCCAACGUUUCAUGGAUUGGAGGACCAAAUGCCGGUGACGGUAAUCGAGGGUAACUCGAUGAGUUUGUUUUGUGAAUGCAGUGGGAUUCCCUCUCCAACUCUGGAGUGGCAAAAGAAUGGGAUGCGCCUCUCUACAGAGAAAGAUGGUCGAAUUACUAUUCUCUCGGGGAGACAAAUGUUACAAAUAUCCAGCACUCGGAUAUCAGACACUGGAAACUACACAUGUGUAGGGACUAAUCUAGCUGGGACAAGCAAGAAGGACUAUAGCGUGGAGGUUUAUGUGACACCAAAGAUCAAGAAUGGGGGUGGGCGGCCGACAGAAAUUUCGAUCACCAGGGGAGCUGGGGUCAUGCUGGAAUGUGAAGCGCAUGGAGUUCCUCAGCCAACGUUGACUUGGAUGAAAGACGGGCGUCCCGUAGUGAGCAGGAGAGGUAUCCAAGUGGAGAACGGGGGCCGGACUCUGAAAGUUCAAAGGGCACAGGAGCAUCACACCGGCCGCUACACCUGUCUGGCUGUUAACGAGGCCGGACGAUCGGGCAGGAAGUUUGAUUUGAGUGUUCUUGUCCCUCCAGCUAUCACUGGGGAGAUGGGGGCUCCAGAAAAUAUCAGCACCCUCCUGAGCAGCUCGAUCACUCUGACAUGCGAGGCCUCCGGAACCCCUCCACCUGUCUUUACCUGGUUCAGAAAUGGAUCACCCAUCAUCUCCAGCAGUAAGAUGCAAGUGCUGUCAGGUGGACGCACCCUCAAACUGACCCGUAUCCUCGUGGAAGACGCCGGCCAUUAUACUUGUGUAGCCAGCAACGCUGUGGGGGAAGCUGUGAAGGAUUUUCAUCUGGAUGUGCUGAGUCCUCCCACCAUUUUAAAUGAAAACCAGGUGGAAAAGGUGCAGAUUAAGCAAGAACAGAACAUCAACCUGACUUGUUUGACCACGGGCAAUCCCAAACCACAGAUCACUUGGUUGAGAGAUGGUCAGGAACUGAAUGACAGCACAGAUUAUCGGGUUUCAUCAGACAGAUCCACCCUGGAAAUCCUCAAGGCGACUUUGUCCCACACAGCACAGUACACUUGCGUGGCAACCAACUCCGUAGGUGACAAAUCUAUAAACUACCAUCUCAGAGUUCUAGUUACACCCAGAAUUGCCAGUGUCGGUGAAGAUGGUGCCCCAGAGGAUGUCAUUGUUAUUGUGAAUAAUCCCACCUCACUGCUGUGUGAGGCUGUGGCCUAUCCGAGACCAACCAUCACCUGGCUCAAGGAUGGGAUACCCUUCAAGGCUUCCAGAAAUAUCCACUUGUUGCCAGGAGGUCGGGGCCUCCAGAUUCUGAAUGUACAGGAGGAAGACGCUGGUCGUUACAGCUGUGUUGUGACUAAUCUGGCCGGGGAAGCUGUGAAGGACUACGAGCUCAAAGUCUUCAUUCCUCCACUGAUAGUAAAGGCUGAUCAGAUGGCAGGAGGGUUUCGUGCCACUCAGGUGAAGACCAAGGUGAACACCACAUUGACACUGACGUGUGAGACAUGGGCAACCCCAGCUCCUGCUCUUCGCUGGUAUAAGGAUGGCCAGCUGUUGGCAGCAACUGAACAUCUCCAGAUCCUUGACGAAGGACAUGUUCUCCAAAUCAAACACACGAGGGUGUCGGACACAGGGCGUUACACUUGUGUGGCCACAAACAUUGCAGGGGAAGAUGAGAAGGAUUUUCAUGUGAACAUUCAAGUGCCUCCAAUCUUCCAGAAGCUGUAUGGUGUGAAUGCUGCCUGGGAGGUGAUAUACCGGGAGGAUGAAGCCGAGGAGAUUGUAGAGCAUCGGGAAGUGAUUGUGAAUAACCCAGUUUCCCUUUACUGCGAGACUAAUGCCAUUCCACCACCCAAUCUCUCCUGGUAUAAGGAUGGUGAAGCUCUCUCUGCCACAGAUGAUGUCCUGAUUCUUCCAGGAAGCCAUGUCCUGCAGAUCCCCAGGGUGCGAGCGGGCGAUGCUGGGAGAUAUACGUGUCAAGCUGUCAAUGAAGUUGGAGAGGACCAACUCCACUAUGAGCUGGUGGUCCUGAUUCCCCCUGUUAUUCAUACAGAAAGUGGGGAGUUUGGAGAGGAGCUAGUGUCGAUUGUUAACAAAACAGUUCAACUGCGUUGUGAGGCAGAUGGGAAGCCACCACCUUCCAUCUCUUGGCUCAGAGACGGCCUGCCCAUUGUGACAGACUACAGACACCAGCUUCUGGAUAAUGGCAGCAUUCUACAGAUUCAUGCAGUGCAGGUAUCUGACACAGCUGGCUACAUCUGUUUAGCAGAAAACCCAGCGGGAACCACAGAGAAAGUGUUCAGCCUUCAUGUUCAAGUGCCUCCCAUUGUACUUGGACCCACUCCAGAGAACGUUAGUGUUGUGGUGAACAACCCCAUUUGGUUAACAUGUGAAUCCCGAGCUGUUCCUGCAGCAGAUGUUGCAUGGUACAAAGAUGGACAGAUGUUGCAGUCCAGCACCAACGUCCACAUCCUUCCAGGGGGUCAUAUCCUUCACAUUCCCAGAGCAAAGACUGAACACAAUGGCAAAUAUGUUUGUAUUGCCACCAACGUAGCAGGGAGAGAUGAGAAGAACAUUUACCUCCAUGUGUACAGUGAGUAUCAAUAUCAUUGCACAUUAGUGUGGAAGAUUGGGAAGAUAUAUGUAAAAGGACAAGUCGUUAGCAAAUCUGGUGCUAUGAGAACAACACAAGCAACAUCUGAAAUCAGCACCAACAUUUUCAGCAUUUCCUCUGCCCUCCUGGGGCUUGAUUGCCAUGUCGAAGUAGAGCGCUUGUUUCGGGAGUCUCAUGUCGAGCAUACGGAUGAUGUGGCCCGCCCAGCAGGGCUGGUCGAGUGUGGCCAAUUCUUCGAUGCUGGGGAUGUUGGCCUGAGCGAGAACACCGACGUUAGUGUUGCAGUGGAUUUGCAGGAUCCUGUGGAGGCAGCGCUGGUGGCUUCCAAGGUAUGGAAAGUGGUCCACGUUGUCCAAGGCCUCGUUGUGGAUUUUGAUAACCGGGGGCAGUGUAGUGUGGAGGGGGCAGCAGCCCCACAACGUCAGACACCCGUCAGUCUCACAACACCGAAAACAUGGCAGAUCCGCACGCACUGCAGGUUCACACCGCCCGAUGCUGAAGCUCUGGCCUGGCCCAGCAAUGGGGACGGCUCCCAAGAGGGUUCCCCCACCAUCCUGGCUGCAAUUCCCAGGCCGGCCCUAGGGCUCCUGGCCUGUGGAGGAGCCCCACCCACUAUUAAACACCAUGGCGACAGUUACUCUGAGGCCAUCACGAUCCGUGUCGGAGAAAUGGCCUCUCUCAGAUGUGAGUCAGAAGCGGUUCCAGUUCCUACUGUUGUGUGGUAUAAGAAUGAUCACCAACUGGCCUUGGUAAAUGGUGCCCGGACUCUGUCUAAUGGUCAAAUACUCCAAAUCCAAGAUGCUCAGGUUGCAGAUUCUGGGCACUAUAUGUGUAAAGUUACCAACCUGGCUGGACACACCAAAAGGACCUUCAGGCUGAGUGUGCACUCCCCACCAACUUUUGAAGAGCCCUUACAGGAGGUUAUUAAUCAGACAGCUGGCAGUACCCUGGUUCUGUCGUGUCAUGCGUUGGGAGUUCCACCACCCACCAUCACUUGGCUCAAAGAUGGCGAACCGAUAGAGAGCAGCAACAGCCGGGAUUGGCACAUCCUACCCAGUGGUAGUAGACUGCAGACCAUCCAGUUACAGCUUUUCCAUGCUGGGAAUUACACCUGCUUGGCAAGGAAUUCUGAGGGAGAAGUGCGCAAACAGUAUUCACUGAUUGUUCAAGCAAUUGAUUAUCAUUGCUAUGAAAAUUAUGUCUUCAUGCCAUCUGUUUAUAACACUUUAUCACCAAGCAUUCUUGGCUCAAACGUGCCCAGUGAAUAUGACGCCAUGGUGAAUGAAGAUGUGAACUUGGAAUGUGUGGCUACAGGGGAGCCAAAACCCACUCUAAAAUGGCUGAAAGAUGGCCAACCAUUAGAAACACUGGGAAAAGCACACUUUAAUUUGUCCUCAGACGGUAGUUCCUUGGGUAUAAAGGGGGCUUUGGCUUCAGAUACAGGAAGGUAUACUUGUGUGGCACAGAAUCCUGCUGGGGAAGAGACAAAAAUGUUCAUACUCAAUGUACUCGUGCCUCCAAAUAUCAACGGGGUCACCAAUCUUCCUGAGAUUCUCACGGCGAUGCCGAAUGCAGCGGUUACACUGGAGUGCAGAGCUGCCGGCACCCCUCCCCCGCAGCUCACCUGGCUGAAGGAUGGGUUACCACUUCCCAUCUCGUCCCACGUGAGGUUGCUGUCAGCCAGCCAGAUCCUGAGGAUUGCUCAGGUUCAGAUUUCCGACAUGGGAACUUACACGUGUGUCGCUGUGAGUCAGGCAGGCGUGACGGAGCAGCAUUACCACCUGCAAGUUCAAGUUCCUCCAAGAUUUGAGAAUCCCAGAGACACUGAGGAAGUGAUUGUGGUCAGAGGAGCUUCUGUCUCUUUCACAUGCGAUGCUGGUGGAAUCCCGCCCCCUAUGUUCUCCUGGUUGAAGGAUGGUGAACUGCUGGUGCUCAAUGACCUGAUGCCCGAGAGCAAUGAGAUGAGGCUGCAACUGCCCUUUGCCAACACGAAUGACUCUGGCUGGUACACUUGCGUUGCUGUGAAUGAGGCAGGCGAGGCUACAAGACACUUCAACUUGAUAGUUAUGGAACCACCACAGAUUCCUGACUCUGAGAUGCCACAGGAAGUGUCCGUCGUGCUAAGUAGUCCUCUGGAGCUGCUGUGCACAGCAGUGGGAGUCCCUGUUCCCCAAAUAAGCUGGAUGAAGGAUGGAGUGCCUCUUGAUGGAGUGGGCUCGGUGCUGAGUGACGGAGAGGUGCUCAGGAUAGAAAGUACGCAGGUAGAAGACGCUGGACUCUAUACCUGUCUAGCAACAAAUCCGGCUGGUGAGGAUCAGCUGCAAUAUUUAGUAAGGAUAAAUGUUCCUCCAAAUAUCAUGGGCUCCAGUGAUGUUCAGAUGGUCACUCUAUUGGCUGAGGAGCAGCUGACCCUGGAAUGCAAGUCUGAAGCGGAUCCACCUCCCAUUGUCCAAUGGUUCAAGGAUGAUGUCCCCUUACAAGCCAGUGCUCCUGCCCGGAAUCUGCCAGACAGUCAAUUCCUGCUGAUCAAUAAUGUUGCGCCCUCAGAUGCUGGCAAGUACAGUUGCCUUGCCAGCAACAUUGCAGGACAAGUGACUCGUAUCUUCAACGUAGUUGUUCAUGUUACUCCGACAAUCACAGCCAGCUCCCCGUCACUCUCAGUCUUCAUCAACCAGGCUGCUUUGUUGGAAUGUGAGGCCCUCGGCACCCCAAACCCAACAGUCACUUGGAGAAAGGAUGGCCAUUUGCUGACUGCAGACAGCCCCAGGUUUGAUUUUCUCUCCGAGGGAUCCCUACGGAUCCACUCAGUCCAGGUUUCGGACUCUGGCCGCUAUCUUUGUACAGCAUCAAACGCAGUUGGCACAGUUCAUCAUAGGAUCGAUCUACAAGUCUUGGGUGCUCCCACCAUAAGUCCUGCUCCAACUAACAUCACCACUGUGGCAAAUGUUCAAGCCGAGUUGAGCUGCGAGGUUUCAGGAACCCCUAAACCCGAGGUGACCUGGAAGAAAAAUGGUAAACCUCUGAACUUUAACCUGCAACAGAACAUGUACAGGUUGUUGCCGUCAGGGUCGCUGGUGAUCCUUUCGGCCACCACUCAGGAUACGGCGCUGUACGAGUGCGUGGCGUCUAAUGAGGCUGGUGAUUCCCACCGGCUCAUGCAGUUCACUGUCCACGUUCCCCCAUCGAUUGCUGAUGACUCUCCAGAUGUUACUGUCACUAAAAUGUCCUCGGUGAUGCUGACGUGUCAUGUGACUGGAAUCCCAGAGCCUGCAGUGAGCUGGAUGAAAGAUGGCGCUCGGUUGGGGAACCGAGGGCCAGGGUAUAAAAUACUGCCAACAGGAAAUCUGGAAAUCGCCACGGCAACCCUGAGCCAUGCUGGCAGCUAUAUGUGUACAGCUCGCAAUGUGGUGGGGACUGCACACAGACAUGUAAUGCUCCUAGUGCAAGAGCCUCCUGUUAUCAAGCCCCUUCCUGCCACUUUGGAAAUUGUAGUGAACAAAGGUGUUAUCCUUCCCUGUGAGUCAAUGGGCACGCCAAGACCCAGCAUUACCUGGCAGAAGGAGGGCGUCACCAUCUCAAACACAGGAUUUUUCGUAUUAGCUAAUGGAGGGCUGGAGAUUGUCAGAGCCACAGAAGAGGAUUCAGGGGAUUACAUGUGUAUAGCCCAAAAUGCAGCUGGCACUGCUCUGGGCAAGACAAAGCUGGUGGUCCAAGUCCCACCGAUUAUCAAAGCUCACAGUAGGGAAUAUAAAGCCACCAUUAACCGCUCUGUGACUUUACCCUGCGAGACAGAAGGCCACCCCAAACCCGAGGUGACCUGGGUGAAAGAUGGCCGCACCAUUGUUGACCAGACGCGCCUGCAAACGUUUGCGAAUGGAUCCCUACAUAUCCCGCAGGUCCAGUUUUCCGAUGAGGGAUGGUACACGUGUAUUGCCAGGAACAAGGUCGGCGUGGUCAGCAUGGACAGGAUUCUAGCGGUGCAGGUUCCACCGUCGAUUUUAAUUGAUCAGUCGGAGUUUUCGGUGCUGGAGGAUUCGCAGGCCUUCUUGUCCUGUGUCACUCAGGGUUUGCCAGUACCCGUGGUAUAUUGGGAGAAGGAUGGCAUCGCGGUGCCAGACGCUCCAGGAAAAUUCACUGCACUGCAGUCCGGGGAGCUGAUUGUGGAAAACGCAACACCAGAGGAUGCCGGCGUCUACACCUGCACGGCAGUAAGUGCCGCCGGCAAGGCCAGCCGUGACAUCCGCCUGUCCGUAAGCGUUCAGCCAGCAUUCACAGAGCUCCCCGCGGACGUGUCUCUCCACAAAGGGGAAAGGCUGUUGCUGACGUGUGGGGCAAAAGGCUUUCCAACUCCACUCAUCAGCUGGAUCUUCAAUAACAAGCCUAUAGCAGUGAAAGAUCCUGGGAACGAAGGUCGGAGUGAACUGAUUAUAGAAAAGGUUUCCAAAGAAGAUUCCGGCACUUACGUGUGCACAGCAGAAAGCGCUGUUGGGGUGAUCAAAGCAAUUGGAUUUGUCUAUGUGAAAGAGGCACCAGUUCUCCGAGGAGAGGUCACUGCUUACCAGACAGAGCCCCUGGGAGGGAAUGUCAUUUUGAACUGUGAAGCCCAUGGAGAUCCAGUGCCAUCAAUAAACUGGGAUAAAAACGGCAGACCCCUCACCAUUAGUAACCGCAUUCGUCAAAUGAAUAAUGGUUCCCUGGCGAUCUAUGGGACGGUGAACGAAGAUGCUGGAGAUUACAAGUGUGUUGCAGAAAAUGAAGCUGGGGUGGUGGAACGGAAAGUCACUCUGAUGCUGCAGAGUGCACCUGUGUUCACUGUGGAACCUUUGAACACAGUUGUGGGUGUAGGGGACAGAGUCUCGUUGCACUGCCAGGCAACAGGCGAGCCUUUACCUACAGUGGAGUGGACCAAAAAUGGACACCCGGUCAGGGAGAAUGAGCACCUGGUUGUGUUACCAAACUCCACCCUGCAAAUUCUCUCCGCUGUGGUGGAAGAUACCGGAGAAUACGAAUGUGUAGCCCGAAAUCUCAUGGGAUCUUCCUUUGUAGGAAUAACUCUAACUGUGCAAGUGCACGGUGGAUUCUCGGAUUGGUUGGACUGGGGCCCGUGUAGUGUUACCUGUGGCCGAGGGAUCGAAGAGCGAAUCCGUUUGUGCAACAAUCCCUUACCAGCCAACGGAGGAAGAUCAUGUCGCGGUUGGGAUGUAGAAUCAAGGCAAUGUAACGCAAAGCCUUGUCCAGUUGACGGGCAGUGGUCUGACUGGGGUGCGUGGGAAGGAUGCUCCCGAAGUUGUGGACUGGGAAACCGGACUCGCACGCGAAGCUGCAGUGACCCCCCCGCGCAGCACGGAGGUCGGCCAUGCAAGGGCAAAGCGACCGAGGCGAAGAAAUGCGCCUACAUUCCAUGCCCAGUGGACGGACAGUGGACGGUUUGGAACAGCUGGUCCCGCUGCUCCGCUUCCUGUGGGGGAGGGGUACGCCAGCGGUCCCGCUCGUGCUUUGACCCACCACCUCAGUACGGCGGCCGCCUGUGCCAAGGAAGUGAUGUCGACGUGGGACUGUGCAACAGCGAGCCAUGCCCAGUGAACGGGAACUGGGGCCCCUGGAGCUCCUGGGAGCCGUGCAGCCAGACCUGUGGUGGUGGGCAGAGUAAACGCUACCGGUCGUGCAACAACCCACAUCCUGCCAGCGGUGGCAAGGUUUGCCUGGGCGCAGACGUGCAGAUGCAGCGGUGUAGCAUGGACCUGUGCCCUGUGAACGGAGGUUGGAGCCCAUGGCAGCGGUGGAGUGAGUGCUCGGCCUCUUGUGGAGGGGGGAAGCGGUUGAGACGACGACAGUGCAACAGCCCUCCCCCAAACAGCAAUGGAAGAGGCUGCCCCGGAGAGAGCUUCCAGACGUCUGGUUGUAGCCAGCCCGCAUGCCCAGGUGUUCCGGCGAGAGCCAGGGGCAGUGUGAUCGGGAUCAUUAACGACAAAGAAUUUGGAGUCGCAUUCCUCGAUGCGAACAUCACAGAAAACGCAGCUGCAGGCACCACGACCAUUCAAGCAAACAUCCAGAACAUUCCGAGCGCGAUCGGUCCUCUGGUAAGAGUACUCAUCUCCACUUUUACCCCAAUUUAUUGGUCAGUAACCCAUUCUGCCCCAGGCACGGUGAACGGCUUCUCACUGACUAAAGGAGUUUUUAGGCAGGAAUCACAAAUGGAGUUUGCAACAGGCGAGAUCCUACGAAUGACACACGUUGCCCGGGGGGUGGACUCAGACGGCGCGCUCCUGUUCGACAUUGUGAUCAACGGGUAUGUCCCCAGAACCAUAGGGACUGCAGACGUUGCUGUGAAGGAUUUCAGUGAAAACUAUGUUCAGACAGGGCCGGGGCAGAUCUACGUUUGGUCGACCCAAACCUUCCUUCACAAUGGCUCCCCGGUUACCUUCCAAUGUAACCACACCAUCGAGUACGAGUCUGGGCUGGACCGUCAGCCUUCGUUCUUUCAGAUCCUGAAGGCUAAGUACAUCUCCGUCUACUACAGUGAGGAGAUGGAGGAGCUGAGUUUCCGGAUCACAACCUCCUUCCAGAAAGGUUCCAAUGGAGGCCACUGUCCAGGGGGUUUUGUACUUGAUGCGGCCUCCUACUGUACAGAGAUAUCAGCAGAAGAGUCUGAUGAAGAGUUUGGUUCCAUCAAGUCUAUGGGUGAGAAGUGGUUUGUGACUGUCACAGUAAUGACCGCAGAAGGAGAACAUCAAGUGAACGUUGAGUGUCAGAUAGACAUGGCUGCAUUGUGCAACAUCAUGACCUUCACAGACCUGUGCGAAGUAUCUCAACAUAGCAAUCCAAAAAUGAAGCCCUCAGAAGCAGCCAAUCAGGAAGAUGGGAUCUCACCAGCUGCACAGAGUACAGAACGACCAUUGUUGCCAGAGGUCCACCAGUUCCCAACAACAAAAGUGGAACAACAGCAACAGUCACCACGGCAACAGCAAAUACCAAAGGAACAACACUCCCCAGAGAGGGAACAUCACCCAAAUGAACAGCCAAUGAUAAUGCGCACGGGAACGUCCUGUGUGGGGAAUCCCUGUUCACACACCUGCCACAAGCCCAAGGGCAGCUUUUCCUGCGUUUGUCCCACUGGCUUCACCAUGGCACUCAAUAGGAAAACCUGUGAAGAUAAGAGAUAUAUUGAUGAAUGCCAGCUCGGGACUCACAUGUGUCACUUUGGGCAAGACUGUCAGAAUGAGGCAGGUUCAUAUCGCUGUCUGGUGCGAUGUGGGAUUGGUUUUAAGCAGUCAGCAGAAGGAGCUCAUUGUGAAGAUAUUAAUGAAUGUGAGGAGUCAGUCACCCCGCCGUGUCAACAGCGCUGCCUCAAUGCUAUUGGCACCUAUCGGUGUGGGUGUGAGCCCGGUUACCAGCUCCUGGGGCAGCACUGCGUCGACAUCAACGAGUGCAACAUGAACGUGUGCCGGCUGGACCAGCAGUGCCGGAACACCGAGGGAGGAUACCAGUGCACGGAGAAUUGCCCCCCUGGUACCCUGCGGCUGCCCAGCGGGACCUGCGGUGAUGUGGACGAGUGUAAGACAGGGGAGCAUCUGUGCCGUUACAACCAGAAGUGUGAGAACACAGUGGGAAGUUACCACUGCAGCUGCCCUCGGGGUUAUCGGUCACAGGGAAUGGGAAGACCCUGUUUGGAUGUCGACGAAUGCCAACAGGUGCCCAAGCCCUGUGCCUACCAGUGCCGAAAUCUGGCUGGCAGCUACAAGUGCUUGUGCCCUCCUGGGAAGUUGCUCCUGGCCGAUGCCAAGUCCUGCGCCGGGUUGGAAAAGCCUAAGCUGAGCAACGGCACCAUCGCCAGCUUCAGGCCCCAGCUCGUCUCUAUCGGCCAGUUCAGCCACAGUCAGCAGACCGGCCAGAACCACAUUAACCCCUUCUACACCUGGCUGGGGUGGAAGAUGAACAGGGAAUUUGAGACACAGGACAGCAGGAAGCCCUGUCCCACAGGAUACAGAAAGAGGGAUGGGGUCUGUACGGAUAUCAAUGAAUGCCAGACUUGGAAUUUCUGCCAACACGAUUGCAGGAAUACCCAGGGCAGCUACCACUGUGUGUGCCCAUCCGGAUACCGGCUGCUGCCCAAUGGUAGAAGCUGCCAGGAUAUUGAUGAGUGUCAGGAACAGAAUAUUAAGUGUGGACCGAACCAGAUGUGUUUUAACACCAGGGGCAGCCAUCAAUGUAUAGAUACCCCAUGUCCAGCCACCUACCGCAUGGGAGCCAGCGCAGGGACUUGCUUCCGCCGUUGUAUCCUGCAGUGUGCGGCGGGACCCCUGGCGUUGCAGUACAAGCUGCUGACCCUCCCCCGGGGCAUCCCGGCCAUGCAAGACGUGAUCCGGCUGUCGGCUUUCUCGGAGCGCGGCGUGCUGCAGAGCCGCACCAACUUCACCGCCAUCGAGCAGGACCCGGCGAGCCCCUUCGCCAUCCGCACCGAGGAGGGCCGGGGGAUCGUGCACACGCUGCGCCCGCUGGUGGAACCCGGGGUACACCGCCUGAAAGUCAGGGCGACCACCUACAGUGAGCACCGGACGCUGAAAUACCAGAAUGUCUUUGUCAUCGUUAUCGCCGUGUCCCCGUACCCUUACUGA